AUGCCCCACUCGCACCUCGCCAACACGUACGACUUUGUGCGACCGCUCGCGCAGACGGACGCGACCUUGGCUGUGUACCAGCACAUUCCGAGCCGCGAUCUCGUCGUCAUCAAGAGUUUUCCAACGGGCGCGACGAAUGUCGACGAGGUAGACCCGCGCGAACUCGGGUACAAGGAGCUCACGAUCAACCGCGCGCUGCAACAGCACCCGCACGAGAACGUCGUACAGCUCCGGGACUAUUUUAUUGAAAACGGCCAACUGCACUUGGUGACCGACUACUGCGCCGGCGGCGACCUCCUCUCGAGCCUCCUCUCGACGUCGACGCAAUGGACGGAAGGCCACGUCGUGAGUCUCUUUCGGCAAAUCGCCAAGGGCCUCGCCCACGUGCACCGGCACGACAUUGCCCAUCUGGAUGUGUCGCUCGAGAACGUCUUGCUCGACGGCGUCAGCGGCGUCCGACUCUGCGACUUUGGCCUUGGACUGCUCUCGACGCCGACCAAGUUUGGCGGCGUCGGGAAGCUCUACUACAUGGCGCCCGAGAUGUUCAUGCGCCGCGCCUACAACGCGCAGGCCGCGGACCGCUGGGCGCUCGGCGUCGUUCUCUUCAUGCUCCUCACGGGCCGCCCGCUCUUUGAAGAGGCGACGCUCCGCGACCAAAACUACAAGAUCUUUUUCGAGGCGCAAGCGGCCUCGCCCGAGACCGGCGUGUCGGCGCUCAUCGCACGCGUCGGCCUGCACCUCUCGCCGGCCGCGCUCGACCUCAUCACCAAGCUCUUGAACCCGAGUCCGAUGCGUCGACUGUCGCUCGACGAAGUGCUCGCCCACAAGUUUUUGCACCCGACUCCGCCCGUCUUGAAAAACCUGCGCAAGCGGUCGGCGAGCCAGCCGGUUUUGAUGAGCGUGCAUGCGCUCAAGCCCAUGCUCUCGAUGCGGUACCUCUCGACGCUGGCGACCGCCUCCUAA